AUGUCCCUAAGUGCCAGCGUCAUGAAGUCCAACAAGGCUAAGUACAAGGUCCUGCACCUGGGUCGGGGCAAUCCCAAACAUGGAUACAGUCUGGGUGAUGAGUGGAUUGAGAGCAACUCUGAGGAGAAGGACUUGGGGGUAUCGGUGGAUGAAAAACCGAAUAUGAGCCGACAUUCCGUCACCUCCCAGCUCCCUGAUCCGACUGGGCUGGCUGUGGGGAUGGGAUUGGGGCAGGCACUGCUUGUGCUGUUGGCAGCCUACACGGUGAUGCCUGCGAAGGACCCGUUGCUGAACAUCUGUAUGGAUGCCAAACACCACAAAACCAAGCCUGGCCCAGAGGGGAUGCUGCAUGACCAGUGUGCUCCCUGGAAGGACAACGCCUGCUGCACAGCUAAUACCAGUUUAGAAGCCCACAAGGACCAAUCCAACCUGUACAACUUCAACUGGAACCAUUGUGGGCUGAUGCCACCCAAGUGCAAGAGCCACUUCAUCCAGGACACAUGUUUGUAUGAGUGCUCACCCAACUUGGGGCCCUGGAUUGACCAGGCUGACAGCAGCUGGCGUCGGGAGAGGAUUCUUCAUGUGCCACUCUGCAAAGAGGACUGUGAGGCGUGGUGGGAGGAUUGCAAGGACUAUGUCACGUGCAAAGAGAACUGGCACAAGGGUUGGAACUGGGCAACAGGAACGAACCGCUGUCCUUGGGGCUCCAUGUGCAGACCCUUCAGCCAUGUCUUCCCCCAGCCAAAAGACCUGUGUGAGAAAAUCUGGUCCAACUCCUACAAAUACACCACAGAGCACCGGGGUAGUGGACGCUGCAUCCAGAUGUGGUUUGACCCUGCCCAGGGAAACCCAAAUGUGGUUGUGGCGAAGUACUAUGCUUGGAAAAAGAGAUCCUCGAGAUCUGGGCAAAUUGGUCUGCAGCUACAAUUAGUUCCUCUCUCCCUCUGUCCCUUGAUUCUUGCUGGAAGAGGAUCAUGUUGCUAA